AGGACAGGGAUUGCACCAAAUGACGAAUAGUCGCGACAUCUAAGCGGACGAUGGCAAUAAUUGCGACAUCUAGGGUUUUUCUUUUCUGUUUGAAAACACAUAAACCCCUCUCCUUCCUCCUUGGGAGGAAAUAAAAGACAGUCCAAUCUGAUAGCACUCACAGAUAGAGAGAAGAGAUGGAGAAGUGCAAGCAGAAGAAAGUGUUGUUAUUUUACUGUGUUGAGUCGGAAGAUCUUGCUAGAAAAGUUGCUGCUUCACAGUCCGAUUCUAUACAACUUCAGUCUAUUAAUUGGAGGAGCUUUGAUGAUGGAUUUCCUAAUCUAUUCAUCAACAAUGCGCAAGAUAUCCGAGGCCAGCAUGUUGCUUUCUUAGCUUCUUUCAGUUCUCCAGCUGUCAUCUUUGAGCAACUCUCAGUCAUCUUCGCUCUCCCUAGGUUAUUUGUUGCAUCGUUUACGCUUGUUUUACCAUUCUUUCCAACCGGUUCUUUUGAACGCAUGGAAGAGGAAGGAGAUGUUGCAACUGCGUUUACCAUGGCAAGGAUAUUAUCUAAUAUACCCAUAUCAAGGGGAGGUCCAACCAGUUUGGUCAUCUAUGAUAUACAUGCUUUGCAGGAAAGAUUUUACUUCGGAGAUCACGUUUUGCCAUGUUUCGAGACUGGAAUCCCCCUAUUGAAGCAACGGCUUGAUCAGCUUCCUGAUGCAGACAAUAUUGUCGUGGCAUUUCCGGAUGAUGGAGCAUGGAAACGUUUCUACAAGCAGUUGCAGCAUUAUCCCAUGGUCGUGUGUACUAAAGUUCGCGAAGGUGAUAAAAGAAUAGUUCGACUCAAAGAAGGAAACCCAGCUGGCCGCCAUGUCGUAAUUGUUGAUGAUUUGGUGCAAUCUGGAGGGACCCUCAUUGAGUGCCAGAAAGUUUUGGCAGCUCAUGGUGCUACUAAGGUUAGUGCGUAUGUUACCCAUGGUGUGUUCCCUAAGCGUUCAUGGGAGCGAUUUACAUCCUGCAAUGAAAAGGAGGAAUCAGAAAGAGCAUUCUCUUACUUUUGGAUCACGGAUUCCUGCUCGCACACAGUGAAAGCUAUAGGUGACAGAGCUCCUUUUGAGGUUCUGAGUCUGGCUGGGUCUAUCGCCGAUGCCCUUCAGAUCUAAUGACAAAAAGCAUCUGAUCUUAGAGUUGGCAUGGUGCAAGGACCAACCCAUGGCUGAGUUUAUAGAAGAGGUUAAGGCUGUGAUCUCUGAUGGUUUUCUUUGUCUGCUGUAAAGCCUGUAAUACUAUGAAGUUAAAUUUUUGUGCAGAACUGAUGGCUUCAAUUAAAUGAUAUUUGAAUAAUAUACAACCAGGAAAAAAGAUCAGCCGUUUUAUUUAUUUUU